CUGAACUCCACCAUAAUCCGCCGUCCGUUUCCUCGCAGAUCGUACCAUUUUACAACAACAGUACUAUCUUAGGUCCUUUGACAGCCUAGCUUUCUUCCGUCCGCUAAACUGUUUAUACUCCCUCAGCGAGUCAAUUGACAUCUUAAAAAGUUGCGCUUGAGCUUGGGAUACUCUUUUCCGAACCGUCGCCACGGGUCUUGUCCACGGACUACUCUAAGCUUGUUACUCCUUGAACACCAACACCAACAUCAACACCAGCAACCCAAUCCAAUCCACCAAGCUGGCGUGGUUUUGGGCCAACUCGUCGUCCACUUCGACCUCCUCUCCGCCCUCCGCCCGGCCUGAUCCCUCCUCGGCAGACCAGUUUCGCACCUCGGUGGCCAGCACCCCUCUCGUCAUGUCUCAACCGACAUCCCCUCCAACACAAUUAAACCCACAAUUCUGCUUCAACACACGAGUCCUGCGCGACUUUCUACGCCUAUCCCGUGCCAGCAUCGACGACAGUAUUUCCACCAACCUAAACGCCUUAAUGACACCAGCUUCCACAUCGCCAUUCAAGCCCUCCUCAACAUCGAUCCGUAACCCAACGCUACCCACGUCGCUGCUGACUCGUCAACCUAUCCCACGCGAAACCACACGGACAUUUCUAGAGUCGGUGCUUUUCCCGUCGUGGAACUCGCGGUCUGAAGUCAUUUCGUAUUGCACGUCGGUUGCGACGUCGCCGGAUCCGGACGACCCGGACGUGAUUGAAAGGGAAAAAAUGAACAGAAAAGAUGCGGACCGGAUUGUCGAUGAGAGGUUGGAUCCUUAUUCUGGUCGAUUUUUCCCGAAGGAGCCCAGGACGGAACAGUUGGCUGCGUUGUUGAGGAAUGAAAAUGCCGUCGAGUCCAUUGUCAGGAAUAGGACGUGGGGAGUCAUUGCGGAGAGAUGUGAGGGUGUUGAUGGAUCGUGGGAGGAAAUGUUUGAUAAAUGGCGGGAGAGCAAGAGGGGGAAUUGAUCAACAAAAAGACUUGAGGACCUUGGACUCAGAUGGAAACACUGGAUAUCCUCUAAACGAGGGAGAACUGAUAACGUCCUUCCUUGGAUCCCACAACAUGGCUUGUCAGUGCAGCAACAUGGGGCGACGCAGCCCCGAGCUCGACAUCAAAUGCCAGAGGUCAUGACAGGGAAGAAAAUAUACCCCUACUCUCCACUUUACAAUGUGCAUUGCACAGAUGAAAACAACUUGUUUGGGCACAGCGCACGGUGUCGAAGUCUGAAAAGGGUUCCAAGAUUGUGCUUUUCGGAAAGGUGUAGUACAUGAUUUGCAUUGAUGGCGGCGCCAGGCGGGUGAUAGCGCUUUGUAUCAGGCAGCAUAUAAAAACUUAUACUCCAUUACCUCCCUACUAUCGAAGGCUAUAUAUCGCUCCCAAAUACCUGAAAACUGGCAUGGCGGUUUGGAUGAUUCAACUGCAUUGGACAACACUAAUACUGUACGGCCCUGGAUAUAUCAUGAUGCGUGGUCCGACAAGCUGCUCUGCUGGACCAGUGCUCGACCACUGGGCCGGUAUGACCUUUUACCGCGUCGCUGUACUGUAAUUACAUCAAACCUGAAGCAUCAGGUACCUUAGUGAACGGAUUGGAAAUGCUCCAAGGGGAAAUUGGUACGGUAUAUUGUCAUCAAGUCAUCAUACUCACAGAACAUCAGGUAGAUGUAAUGAAGCUGAU